GUUUUCUUUCAGUCUGUACUUUUUGAGCUAUUGUAUUUGUUUCAUCUAGUCAGUCGGCUUAUGGAUCUCGGGCUUACGCGGUAUCUUUGAACAGUCCUCAAAUAUGUCAGCUGAUACAGGAGCCACUGACGUUGCCAAUGGGGGGGCUCCCCAACCGCGGCCUCAGAACAAGCGGUUGCAACAAACCCAAGCUCAGGUAGAUGAAGUAGUAGAUAUCAUGCGAGUAAAUAUGGAGAAAGUACUGGAGCGUGAUGCUAAGCUUAGCCAGUUGGAUGAUCGUGCAGAUGCUUUGCAGGCAGGCGCUUCACAGUUCGAGGCCAGUGCUGGUAAAUUGAAAAACAAAUAUUGGUGGAAAAAUAUGAAGAUGAAUAUCAUCAUCGGGGGUGUUGCGCUGGUACUCAUCAUAGCAUUGGGGUGGUAUAUAUUUGGUGGGAAAAAACAAGAAACACCUACGCCGACUGCAGCUUUACCUCCCCCGGUGCAGCACCCUGCACCAAGCCCUCAAACUCAAAAACAAUUACCAAAACAUGAAGCUUCUCACAGGCUUCGUCGGGAAGCUUCGAUGUUUGGAAUUACUCCCCAAUAAGAACUACUAGUAUUCAUAGAAGUGGAAGAAUAUUCCAAAUAAUAGGAUUACUCUAUCUUUUAUUUUCACGUGCAAACGCGCAAACUGCAUAUGGAAACCUUUUAUCUCCAAGUUAUCCUACUAUGCAUUGUGUCGACGAUGUCUUCGUCAGACUUUUUCAUUUACAAAAGAAAUCACCAUUUUGGUGUUUUGUAUGUGGUUUCCUACCUUAUGUUAAACUCUUCGUUGGUAUCGUUUGUCUCACAUCGGUUCGAUUAUUUCUUGCCAUUAGGGAUUGUAAAGCAUUUCACUGUCGUUUACCUCGGAGUGUUAACUGAAAAUCCCCGUAUAAUUUACCUUAACUAUGUUUACUUAUGUUAUCAUAAAUCAUAAAAUUUAAUGUUCAGCUUCCUCUUGUAUCGACCUUUCAAAAUUAACAUGAUAAGUACACACAUUCAUAAAUAUAUAUUCAUAAACGGAUGUUUGUUUCACUAAUAAGAGGGACAUUUACAACUCGCACAGUUCUCGUAUUCGUUCUUUCGUCAUGAACGCGCGACCCACACCAGUUUUUCGAUAUUCGGCGCGUACACUUAGAUAUUGUUCUUCGAAUUUUUUUACUUCUUCUGGGUCUUGAAGAUACC